UCAGUAGGAAUGUUGUACAGUUAAUGCAAGUAUCCUAUGGAGAAUUGCUGUAUAAUUGUUAAAAAGUCUUUUGCACAUUGAUUUUCCAUAAUUCUACAUGAAAAAGAGGGCACUGGUAUCAAGCCUGUAUCUGAAAGCCUUUUUUUUAAUUAAAAUUUUUUAAUGUUUAUUUUAUUUAUUUAAAAGAGAGGUGGGGUGGGGGAGGAGGUCUUCCAUCUGUUGGUUCACUGCCCAAAUGGCUGCAAUGGCCAAGGCUGGGCCUCUCUGAAGCUAGGAGCCAGGAGCUUCUUUGAAGUCUCCCCUUUGGGUGCAGGGGCCCAAGCACCUGGGCCAUCAUUUGCUGCUUCCCCAGACCAUAGCAGGAAGCUGGAUCAGAAGUGGAGCCCUAGGACUUGAACCUGUGCUUAUAUGGGAUGCCACUGUCACAGGCGGUGGCUUAACCUGUUAUGUCACAAUGCCGGCCCCUAGAAAACCUUUCUGUUACUCUUUCUAGUACUAGAUUUUCUCUUUGUUAAACUCAUCCCAUUUUGACUGAGUUAGGAACUUAACUCCUAAAAAACAAUUCUUUAUAUAUACAUGCCUGUAUUUUUUGUUCAAUCAUUUGAAUUGGGAAGGCAUCAUGGGAUUAGGAAUGGUAAUUCUUUAGGUGUUAUAUACCCCAAAACUUGUUUUACAAUCCAGAAUACCUGUAAUUGUGCAGUGGAAGGUAAAUAGUACAUAAGAUACUGCUUGUAGGGUACUUUGAGACAAAGUGGCAAGGGAUUUCUUGGCUCAGAUGUGCAGACUAGCUGCCAGUUUAGAUCAAGUGCUGUGAAUAUUUAGAAAGAGCAUAUUUUAAAAACAUGCAGCGAUCAGCAUGAAAAUAUUUGGAGGCAGUGUCAAUAGGCUACCUUGUGAGAGGUAGGACAAUGGCUCUAGGCUCAUUCGCAAGCAAUAAUGUUGGAGAAUUAGAAAUUCAGAUUUUAAAAAUCUUUUUGUUCUAUUUCUUAUUUACAUAUAAAAAAGUUCCCUCUUCAACAUGGCUUUUUUUCUUUCUUUCAAUUUAACAUGUAUACCUCUCUCAGCACAUGAAUAACUUUUGUAACAUUUGAGAAUUGCUUUUCUUUUAGAUGUGGCACAGAUCUUAUCUCAAAGUGACUAGCAGCCCAGAGUUAAGUAUUUGCAAGGCAGUGGAAACUUACUCACAUACUUGGUUUAUAUGAAGUAGAAUGCACUGCAGUGGCCAUUGUGAGAAAGUGGUGUGCCGUUGCUCUUGUCUGAGCUCGUACUGUGGGUUAGUUACCCCUUUAUGGGAAAGAAUUGAUUUUGAUACCUGUUUUAAAAUACAAUAAUGUUGAGUUAACCUAAUAUUACAAUUGUAUUUCUUUGCUUUGAUCAGUAGAUUGAGUUGAGAAUCAUGUGAUGGUAUAUAAGAAGAUUGGACACACACAGCCGUUUGCGUUCUUUCCCUCUGGCCAUCACCUAGUGUGGGUGGGAGAGUGAAGGGAAGCCAUUCCAGAUUAAUGAUAAGUAGUUUUAAAAACUCUGCGUUGAAUAAUUUCCAGCUGGUAAUGACUUUCGUUUUUUAUUUUGGUGAUAUUAGCCUCAGGGUAAAAAAAAAAAUGGGUUUAUAAAAAGUUUCAUAAAUCUUUUAAGUUACAAGCAAGAAGGUUUUGUAUUUGCAUAAAAUUUCAUUUAUACAGUAUUGUUAGUAAUGAUAAUAAAGAAUUUAGAGCCGUUUUUGAUAUGUGAAUAUGUUUGUUUGAUCUGUGGUGAUUAAAGCUUUGCGUAGCCAGUCUGGGUCGUCUAUAUGCCCCAUGUUUCUGUGGUUUUUGUGUCCCAUCUCCACCUUGCAUUUUCAGUACUAAACUGACAGCUCAAACUCAGUGGACCCUGAAAAAAUUUGUUGCCUGUGACUCUUAUAUCCCCAUUUAGAGAUGGGGGAGGUCUCUUGUUCUCAGUCUAAGUCAUCAUGAGCCAACCUGUGGGGAAGAUCAUUUAUUCUGUGCUAUUGAAAAUUCCAGAACAGAUGAAGGCCUGGCACCUGCAGCAUCUUUGUUCUUGGUGUGCCCCCCUGGCUCAGCGGAGUAGUUCUGGAGGGCAUGUCUGCACUCACCCGAGGAGCGUGCUUCCCGCAGUCCAUCCAGCCUCCAGCCAUUCCGCUUCUGAAAAGGCGGGGAAAUAAACGAGUCUGCAUGGCUGCUGCCAAUGGGAAGAUGGUCUCCAGACCCCAGAGCCCCGGCCAGGGGCCAAAGGGGAACGAGGCCUGCGUGGAUCCCCCAGACAACCUGGAGCAGAAGGAGACCCUGGAGCAGGUGCCAGGCCAGCUGGCCAUGCUGAGGAAGGCCCAGGAAUUCUUCCAGACGUGUGAUGCUGAGGGCAAGGGCUUCAUCGCCAGGAGGGAUAUGCAGAGGCUCCAUCAGGAGUUGCCACUGAGCCUGGAGGACCUGGAGGAUGUAUUUGACGCCCUGGAUACUGAUGGCAAUGGCUUUCUGACCCCAGAGGAGUUCACAACCGGAUUUAGUCACUUCUUCUUCAGCCAGAAUAACCCAAGCCAGGAGGACGCAAGCGAGCAGGUGGCUCAGUCCCCCAAGGAGCAGGUGUAUCAGUCCAGAGGAACAGAGGACCGGGGAGAUAUGGACGAGGAUGAGGAAGCCCAGUUCCAGAUGCUGAUGGACAAACUGGGAGCCCAACAGGUUCUGGAAGACGAGAGCGACGUGAAGCAGCUCUGGCUGCAGCUGAAAAAGGAAGAGCCCCGCUUGCUGUCCAGCUUCGAGGAUUUCCUGAGCAGCAUCUUCUCCCAGCUCCAAGAAGCCCACGAGGAGAAGAACGAACUGGAGUGCAUCCUCCAAAAGAAGAUCGCCGCCUAUGACGAAGAAAUCCAGCACCUGUAUGAGGAGAUGGAGCAACAGAUCCGGAGCGAGAAGGAGCAGUUUCUGCUGAAGGACACGGAGAGGUUUCAGGCCCGCAGUCAAGAGCUGGAGCGGAAGCUGUUCUGUAAGGAGCAGGAGCUGGAGCAACUCAUCCAGAAACAGAAACGGCUGGAAGGCCAGUGCGCGGCCCUGCACAAUGACAAGCACGAGACCACGGCUGAGAACACCAAGCUGAAACUCAGCAACCAGGAGCUGGCCCGCGAGCUGGAGCGGACCUCGCGGGAGUUGGCGGACGCGCAGCAGCAGCUGGAGGGCCUCCAGCGGGAGGCCUGGCAGCUCCAGCAGGAGAAGGAGAUGGAAGUGUACCGCGUGACCGAGAGUCUGCAGCGGGAGAAGUCCGGGCUCCUGAAGCAGCUGGAUUUCCUAAGGGAAAGAAAUAAGCACCUGCGAGAUGAACGGGACAUACGUUUCCAGAAAGAUAAGGCAGCCAAGGCAAACACAGCGGCUUCCAAGGCAAGCUGGAAACAGAGAUCCGGCUCUGUGAUAGGCAAAUACAUGGACUGCAAAGGGGCUCUCCGAAGCAGCCAGUCAGAGGAGGAGGACGAUGUGUUUGGCAUUCCCAGGAGGAGAAGCUCUCUGGGGCUGAGCGUGUAUCCCCUUACAGAAGAGGAGCCAGGACUGGGGGAGCUGGGGACUGGGCACGCCCGGCGGCUCCGCAGAAUCAUCUCCAUUGAAGAAGACCCCAUGCCGCAGCUCCUGCAGGCGGGCUUUGAGCAGCCCCUAGGCCAGUGCCCAGAGGAAGAGGAAGGCUCUCACCAGGGAGCGGACGGCGGGACCCAGCAGGCCUCCCCCUUGGAGGUCACCCCCACGUCUCCCCGAGGGCAGCCUGUGGGGAAAGAAGCCCUCAUCAAGGAGGAGCGCUACCCAUCCACGCCAGACCGGCUCUUCAAGAUUGUGUUCGUGGGCAACUCCGCCGUGGGCAAGACGUCUUUCCUGAGGAGGUUCUGUGAGGACUGCUUCUCCCCAGGCAUGGUAGCCACUGUAGGCAUCGAUUACCGUGUGAAGACCGUGACUGUGGACGGUGCGCAGGUGGCCCUGCAGCUGUGGGACACGGCUGGGCAGGAGAGGUACCGCUGCAUCACCCAGCAGUUCUUCAGAAAAGCCGACGGGGUCAUCAUCAUGUACGACCUCACGGCCAAGCAGUCCUUCCUGUCGGUGCGGCAGUGGCUGAGCAACGUGGAGGACGCUGUGGGAGACCGUGUGCCUGUGUUGCUGCUAGGCAAUAAACUUGACAAUGAGAAGGAGCGGGAAGUCCCCCGAGGCCUCGGAGAACAGCUUGCCAAGGAGAACAAUCUCAUCUUCUAUGAAUGCAGUGCCUAUUCCGGUCACAAUGCCAAGGAGUCCCUGCUGCACCUAGCCAGGGUCCUCAAGGAGCAGGAAGACACAGCGAGGGAGGACACGAUACAGGUUGGCCGCCCAGCCAAGAAGAAGUCCUGCUGUGGCUGAGAGGAGGCCCCCGAGGACAGCUCCCACCCCGAUCCCGCCAGGCUGCCACCCACUGAGGCCCGUCCGACCUCUGUGCUUGUCAGCCGCUUGCCUUUACGCAAGCGCAGGGAGCCACCCACCUGGGAGAGCCGCUCUUGGAGCAUCGUGGCGUCUUCUCUCCCUUCUCUCUCUAGACCCGAUGCCCAAGCCAUUUAUUUAUUUAUUUUUCCCACCAGCUUGGUUUCCUGGGAGAGAGAAACAGAUGGGCUUUUCCAGAAAAGCCACCACGUGCCUUCUCCACCUCCCUUUCCCUCCCCCUUGCCCUCGGGAGCCCCAGCCCUGCAGUUGUCAUGGAAACUGUUCAGGGAAGACUUGCUGCUUCCUGCAGGCCAAAGAUAGCCCUGUUGGGCGAUGCCGGUUUGCCUGGGUUCCUGGUGCCCAGAGGCCGGAGGGAGCCAUCGGUGCCUGCUUCACAGGCGUUGACAUACCUCAGUUGUUGAGAGAAGCAAACGAGGGCACCCACAUUCUUUCUGCUCCUGCCUCCACCCCGGGGUCUCUGCUCCUUCCCUAAUCCCAAGCCUCAGCACCCAUCUCUCUCUGAGACACCACACAUGCCGUGAUUACCCCCUUGGUGUCUGUGUCCCGGUGCUUUACAAAGAACCUACAGCCUCCUCCCCAUCCCCCCCCACACACACACCCCUGACCCAGGACGGACUAGGGGUGACAAAUUCACCCAUGGGUUCAAGCAAUAGGCUUGUUGCCUGCUUAACUCUGCAAAAAAAGCCAUGCGCUGCCCAACAGAGCCUCCUGUCCUGGAAGAUAGCAACAAGGCCGAUGCAGCCGAUGCAGCCGUGGAAAAGCCAUUUUGUAACUGCUUCUUAAAAUAGCACUUUGGAAAAUCAUGCAUGGUGAUUAACAGGGUAGAUUGACACCCAGGCAGGAGGCCCAACACCAGGUCCCUAGUUACCAACUUCAUUUGAUUUAUUCUACUUUAUUCCAGAAGGAUGUUUAAAAAAAAAUGAAAACACAUGACUGUGAUGAUCUUGUACUGGUGCUGAGGCCCUGGUGAGCUCCUUCCGCUGGGUGCUGGUGGGGUCGCAGCCCCUGGUGGCUGGCUGGCUGUCAGGGGUGCUAGCCUCGGGUUGGGGGUUGCAGGUUGUGUUAAAGAGGUAUUUCCUUGUGUACCAUUUUAAGUCUCAUAUUUACUGUAUAUUUCUAACUUUUUUCCUUGGUAGCUGCUCUGUGGAUUACCAUUAAUGUCUCAGUUUGUAACCAUCCAGAUUGGUAAUAAUUUAUUUUCAAUGUAUACAAUAAUGCUGCUCCUAGAAGUUUCUUCCUUACUUCCACUGUCAUCACAAAUUACAUAUUCAUACAUUUUGUGCAUCAGUGUAGAAUUUUAAUUACUGCUUUUUGCAGUUGUCCUUUAAAAUGUGUAAAAACAUAAAAAGGAGUUACAAACAAAAUGUAUUUGUACUGUUUUUAUCUUUAACUAGUAAUCACUUUUACCAAUACUUUCUUUAUAUUAAUUUAAAUUACUAUCUCAUACAUUUUCUUUUUUAAAGAUGUACUUAUUUCUUUGAAAGCCAGAGUUACAGAGGCGGGGGAGAAAGGGAGAGAAAGAGAGAGAGAAGGGGGGACGGGGAAUCUUCUAUCUGCUGGUUCAUUCCCCAGAGGGCCACAAUAGCCAGGGCUGGACCAAGUAAAAUCCAGGAGCCAGGAGCUUCUUCCAGGUCCCCUGUAUGGAUGCAAGGACCCAAGGACUUGGACCAUCUUCCACUGCUUUCCCAGGCACAUUAACAGGGAGUUGGAUUGGAAGUGGAGCAGCUGGGUCUCGAACCAUUGUCCAUAUGGGUUGCCAGCACUGCAGGCAGUGGCUUUACUCACCCUGCCAUAACACUAGCCCCAUCUUAUACAUAUUCAUAUCAACAGGAAGGACUCCCUUGUAGUAUUUUUUUUUAAAAUCUAUUUGAAAAAGAGAGAGAGAGAUAGCGAUCUUCCACCCACUAAUUCACUCCCCAGAUUGAUAGGCCAGGAUGAAUCCAAGUGCAAGAAACUUCAUUCAGGUCUGCCACAUGGGUGGCAGGGGCUCAAGCACUCAGGCCAUCUUCUGCUGUAUUCCCAAAUACAUUAGCAGGAAAUUGGAUCAAAAUCAGAGUAACUAGGACUUGAACUGACAUUCCAAAAUGGAAUGUUGGUAUUACAAAUGGCAGCUUAACCCCCUGUGCCACAAUGCUGGUCCAUUUAGUAUUCCUUGUAGGGAAAGCCUGGUAAAAACAAACUUCUCCAGUUUCCGUUUAUUUAGAAAUAUCUUAAUUUGUCCAUUUAAAAGGUCAGUUUUUCCAGAUAUACGAUUUGGGGGUUUAUUUUCCUUGCCUUCUCAGACUACACCACCCUACUGUUCUGGCCUCCAUGCCUAACACUGUGGAGUCGGCUGUUAAGCUCAGAGGAGCUCCUUGUGUGUGAUGAGUUGUUUCUUUCUGUGUGCUUUCAAAAGCCUUUGUCUCCAUCUUUCAAAAAUUUGAUUUUGAUGUGUCCAGCUGUGGACUUCUGAGUUUAUCUCACUUGAAGCUUGUUGAGCUUUUUACAUGUGUCCUUUAAUACUUUUCAUUAAAUCUGGAAAUUUUGAGUCACUGCUUCUCCAGAUAUUCUUUCUACCUCCUUCUCGCUCUGAAGCCGCCGCUGCGUGUGACUUGGCCUGCCUGGUGGUGUCUCACAGGCUCCUGAGACUCUGCUGUGUCUCUUCAUUUUUUUUGCUUUGUGUUCCUCAGACCGGGUGGCCUCAGCCAACUCCAGCUCUGCCUGCUUGCAUAUGCUGUUGGGCUCCUCGGUGAAUUUUUCAUUUCCCCUACUUUUCAAUUCCAGAAUUUCUAUUCUGUCCUUCCUAAGAGUGUCUGUUGACUGAGACAUUGUUCUCACGUUCCUUUAGUUCUUUUGACGUGGUUUUCUUUAGGUCUUUGCACACAUGUAAGAGAGCUGAGGUUUAAAGUCUCAAAGAGCUCACGUUGGCAGCCAUCUGUCCUGUGCACAAAUCGAGCCCUGCUCGCCAGUGCCUACUUCCUUCCACGUGCUCCACACAGCGCAGCUAGGACCCUGGUCUCAUUCCCUAGCUCCACCUCUAAGUCCUCUCCGAAGUCUCUCCUGUCUGGGAUUAGAGAAGGAAAGAGGCCCUUCAGAUCUGAGAAGCCCUCACCUCUCCCUGAGCUUUUGGGUGCCCUGCCGUAGGUGAGCUCCCCAGUUCCUUGGGAACCGAAGAGAGGUCAGACAUCCUCGGGCUGUGCUCUCUGUGCUGCCAAGAAUCCAGACAUCCUGCAGAUAUUCACUCAGAAGGCACAGGAAGGGGAAGACCGAAAACCAGGGCACAUCUGAAGCUUUGUUUUUAUUGAAGAAGCAGCUUAAUUACUUCAAAAUAGUGAAAUUAGAGUGCACCUGCAUACACUACCCACGCCGAAGGGGCUUGCUGGUGCUGGUUGUUGGCAAAGCCUCGCUGGGCUUCUGGGGCUGGCGCUAGGGCUGCUGCCACCUCUCUCCCCUUAAUUCAGGGGGCAGAAAGAAGCUGGACAAAUUCCAACCACCUUCAACCCAGUCCACAGGAUUCUUACUCCAUUGGUUAUCCCUUUCCAUCUGACAGAGCGGGAGGUGGCUGGCAACACUUUCCAAGCCUCCUCCUCCAUUUCCCAACCCUGUUGAUACUUCCAUUAAUAGACACAUUAAUUACCAGCAACAGCAACAACAAAGAGCACCGUAAUUCCACCUUUCGCACCAUUCAGGGCAGCCAGUUUAAUCCAGGUGCCCUACUUAGACGCAACACUGCUGGAAACGACGGGGGUUGGCAAGCCGCACGGUGCUUGGCAGAGGUCGCGAAGUCAAUAUGGAAACUGAAGAGCACAGAAGAGGUUGUAUCAUUUAUCAUCCUGGGGCCAGCGCCGAGGCAGGUCCAAGAACUGACCCUCUCUCAGGGCCGGGACUUCAUCAAGGCCCUGGCUCUGGUUCAGAAGUGGUAGUUGCGGGCCCUUGGAGCACCAGGAGACUCCUUUCCCAGCAAAUGAGGACUCCUAGGAACAGGAAGGCCUGGGCUAUCAUCAUGAAUUACGACUCGAUCUAUCUGACCUAUUAACAUGAUCACCGGUCGUAAAAACGCUGCACUACCAAGCCAAAAUGCCUGCAGAACACAGAGAUGGGAUAGAAUUUUAUUUUUUCAGCUCAGAAACAAGAAUCGAGACGUGUGGAACUCAGAAUGAAUUUGGGAAACGUGACUGUGGAACUGUGACACGGAGCACAGGUAGCACCUGGUCAAGGACAUGGACUUGGCCGGGCUGCUCUGUAGUGAUGCUAGCAGUCGCACCAAGAGUUCCUCCGAGAGCAGGAGCUCUCUUCUCUGUAGCCCCAUGUUGGGUACCGUGUCUGGCGCACAGCGGCAGGAGUGGUUGAGAGCAGAGCAGCAUUUCAAGAGAACAAGGUCCCCCCCCCCCCCACCAUGAGCCACUCCAUCGGAGCCCCAGGUCCCAGAGGCUGGACGACCGGGCCCCUGUGGUCUGGAUAGAUGCCUACGCCUACCAUUUGCCUCCCUGCUUCAAAUGAGGUGCUGCUUCUGGCUUUUAGCACAGUGUGCUGGAGAUUGUUCCAGCUGCUGCGAUGUAGUUGCCUUUCAGACAGCAUGGUGCCCAUCAAAACCUUCCAUCUCAUCACCCGCGGCCUCCCCAGCUGCCAAGAGUGGCAUUACCCGCAGGCGGCUCCACGACUCAAUUGGACUUGGGCUCCUUGCCUCCGAACAUAAAAGAUGCUUCCGUGCCCAGUUCUCCUCCUCCCUGAUGUGGAACCCCCCUCCCUGCCAUGCUGCGCCUCUCCCAACCGCUUUCUCUAGCCCCCAAAGACCUGCUCGCAGUAAUGGCCUGCCUACAAGUUGUGCAGCCUUGGGCAAAGCCAGAACUGCCUCUUGGCCUGAGCCCUCUUCCCAAUCUGUAACCCAGUGGCUGUCUCCCUUGCCCUGCCCCCUCUUCCAGGGUAGACUGAGGGUCGGGUGAGAACUAGGGGAAAAGCUUAGUCAAGGAAAAGAGUCUAAAUCAAUGAUAGUUAUUACAUUAUCAUCUCUGUUCACAUGCGAGAGGCCCAACAAAGCAAAACCAGAAAGAGAGCGGAAGAUCCCAUGGUUCUUGGUAACUGGGUGAAGCUGGGGUCACUGGUAAAAGCAUCUUUCAUUUCCCCUUGAAAGGAGAAUACGUCAAACUUGCCGUCCUUCAAGACACAGAGCUGCAUCCGAGAACAUUUUGUUUCUUCCCACUCUGCUUUGAAGUUGGACAGGCAGCCAACAUCACAGACUAAGAGGUCUCGCCAGCAGGGUUCUGGUCUCAUUUAUUUUCGUAUUUCUUGGGGCCUGGUACAUAACAGACACUUGGCAAGUGGAUGGAAACAUUUGUUGCCCAGUCAAGACUUCAGAUAGCACAUUAUUAAUUUCUGACUCCCCCCUCCUUUAUAUAUAUGGUUUAUAAAACACUCCCACGUUGGAAUGAUGAAAAAGUCCUGGGGCAGGUAUUCAGCCCAGAGGUUAAGGUGGGCUAAGACAUCUGCUUCCCGUAUCUGAGUUCCUGGGUCUGAGUCUCCGCUUCAGCUCCUGGCCCCAGCUUCAGGCUAGGACAGAUCCUGAGAAGCAGUGGUGAUGACCCAAGAGGCUGGGUCCCAGGGCCCUCGUCCUGGCAAGUGGGUAAAGCCACCUCCUAUGAUGCGGGCAUCUCAUAUGGGUGCUGAUUCCGGUCCUGGCUGCUCCACUUCCAAUGAAGCUGUCUCUAGUGGCCUGGGACAGCAGCAGAAGGUGGUCCAAGGGCUUGGGCCCCAGUCAUCCUCAUGGGAGACCUGGAUGGAGUUCCUGGUUCCUGGCACAGAUCUGGCCCAGCCUGGAAGGUUGUAGCCAUAUGGGGAGUAAAUUGGUGAAUAGAGGACCUCUCUCUCUCCGUCUCUCCCUCUCUCAGUAACUCUGCCUUUCAAAUAAAUAAGUAAAUCUUAAAAAAAGAGAAGGAAAGAAGGAGUUAGACUCCUGCCAUUCAUGGGGGAGACCUGGAUUGAGCUCCUCAUUCUUAGCUUCAGCCCAGUCCAACCCUGGGUAUUGUGGGAAUUUGGGAGUUCUCUCUCUGUUACUCUGUCUCUUUGUCUCUCUACCUUUCAGAUAGAUAAGUUUAAAAAACAACUUGGGGCUGGUGUUGUGGAGUAGUGGAUAAAGCCUCCACCUGCAAUGCCGGCAUCCCAUAUUGGUGCUAGUUGGAGUCCCGUCUGCUCAGCUUCCAAUCCAGCUCUCUGUUAAUGGCCUGGGAAAAGCAGCAGUGGACAGCCCAAAUGCUUGGGCCUCUGCUACCCACGUGGGAGACCCGGAAGAAGCUCCUGGCUCCUGGAUUUCAUCUGGACCAGCCCUGGUUGUUGUGGCCGUUUGAAGAGUGAACCAGCAGAUGGACGAUCUCGUUCUCUCUCUGUCUUUCCCUCUUUCUGUAAUUCUGCCAUUCAAAUACAUAAAAUAAAUCUUUUAAAAUAAAAAACCUCUAAGUUAUAGAGAUGGAUGAUGGUGGUGACUGGACGGUGUUGUCAACAUAGUUAAUUCCAUUCAACUGUACAUUUUUAAAUGAUUAAGGUUGUAAAGUUUACAUUGUGUAUAUUUUACAAUAAAUUUAAGAAGGCACUUUCA